AUGAAUCCAGUUUUUUCUUCAUCUGGUGGGUACACGGGGGAUAAGCAUCUUUUGGGCAUGCCUUGUUCAGAUCUGUGUAGUCGGUACAUCCUCAGGGUGGGGAUGGUACCUGCAAAGGCACUCCGACGCUCAAAUGAAGUAGUACAAGAGUUCUUGGGGAGCAUAGAUGAGUGUCAAGAAUGGCAUCGAAGCCUAUCAGCUGGUGAUUUCCUUCAGUUGAGACACAUUAGAAAUCAGUUACCACCCGAGCUUGUUGAUGCCUAUGAUAGGUUUCAAGAGCAGGUAGAUAAACAUUUGAAUCCUAUGAAAGCUAGGAAGGUAAUAGAGGAAGAAGAAAGAAGAGUGAAGGAAGAAGAGGAACAAAAUUAUGCGAAAGGAACGGUUGAGGAUUUGACAAGGCUAUGUAUGAAAGUUGAGGCACCAGAAAUACUCAUAAGAAAGGCUGUGAAGUUGGUUGGGUUUACAAAUCAUAUGGGUCGUCCAAGGCCAAUUGAAUUUCUUGUUGCACUUGAGGAUGCCCAUAUUAUCGAGUGGUAUGCUGGUAUAGCAAGAAGGUGGCUUGAUUUCUUCUGCUGUACCCACAACUUCAAGACAGUCAAAACUAUUGUAACUUAUCAUUUGAGGUUCUCCUGUAUCUUGACAUUAGCAGAGAAGCAUGAAUCCACCAAGCGUGAAGUUAUAAAGUAUUUCAGCAAAGAUUUGAAAGUCUAUGAUAUAAAUGGAAAUCACGAAGUACAUUUUCCUACAGAAAGAGAGGUUAAGAUGAUGGGAGAUGGAAAUCUUUCUGAUCCAAAACCAGUAGAUGGGGCUUUAUCUUUGGCUGUUGUAAGGUUGGCAUCCGAUGAGCCUCCAUCACAUUGCAUUGCCCAUUUCUGUGACAAGACAACAACAGUCUUUUAUCGGGUCCAUUUGCUGCAAAACAGAUUGAAUGUGAACCCAUUGCAGAAAGAAAAAUGGGUGCAAGGGAUGGGUGUAAUUCAUGAAAGCCUAAAUCGUAAGUGCCUCCCUCUCUGUACUGAUCAUCUGAAUGAUUUGUACAUGGGGAGAAUCACACUUCAAGACAUUGACUGUUCUUCUUGUGUUGAUGUGGACUGA